AUGACCACCAUUCCUCGCAAGUCGGCCGUCCCGGCAUUCUACCUCAACGCUCUGAUCGAAUCGUUCGCCGCCAAGUCGUCUACGCCGAUCAGCUUGAAGCACAUGAUCAACUUCGGCAACGCGGGGCGGAACAAGGGUGAGAAGGAGGAGGCGGAGAAACUGAUCAAGGGAGGGAACUUCCUUCGCACCGAACUGCCAACUCGCCUCUCCCACCGUCUGCGCGACCUGCAAGAGCUCCCUCUCGGUGUAGCAUCUCAUCCCCGAAUGGCGCACGUCUACGACCUCUACCUCGAAGCGUUUGAAGGCAUUCGAACGUUCCCGCCGAUCAAGAGUCUCGAGGACAACGACCGGUUCUGCCAGUACAUGCAGGGAACGCUCAACAAGCACCGCGUCGUAAUUCCCGAGCUCGCUAUCGGCGUCGCCGAAGCCUCGACUCAGCAACUCCCGCCCGCCGCCCUCGAUCGGAUCAUGCUCCGCAUGCUCCGUUCCCGCAUUUCUCGACGAGUCAUCACCGAACAGCAUAUCGCCUUGACGCAGCAAUUCCGAGAACGGCAGCGGAAGGGGAAGGAUCGGGCGGUGAAUGAGGAGGAAGAGACGAGGGUCGGGAUCGUCGACACGAAGCUGAAUGCGGCGGAUGUCGUCAAGAAGUGCGGGGAGCUGAUGCAGGCGCUGGGAGGACCGGAGAGCGAGGUGCCGAUCGUCGUCGAAGGCGCGACCGACCAGACCUUCGCCUACAUCUCGGAACACCUCGAGUUCAUGCUGUUCGAAUUGAUCAAGAACGCCACGCAUGCGACCGUCUCGGCGCACGGCUCGGCUGCGAAGGACCACCCGACUCUCAUCACCAUCGUCCACCGACCACGAGAUCUCGCCAUCCGCGUCUCCGACCAGGGCGGCGGUAUCGCACCCUACGGCGGCCUACCACCCGACCCGUCCGACAUGGCCGCCAACCCGCUCUUCCCCUCCGUCAAUGCCAGCGCCCCUCUUUCCGCACAACGUCUCGACAUCUUCUCUUUCAGUCACAUGCGACGAUACUAUCAGCACCAUGCCGCACUCGCCGCAGUCGCCUCCGAGAAUACCCUCCCUUCGGCCGACACCUCUUCCUCCUCUGCGACUUUCCCUUCCUCCGACGCGCCGUCAGAUCCGAACGCGACGGGCAUCAUGGCGCUCCGAUCGCUUACGCAACUGACAGGAACGGUGAAGGAGCAGCUCGAACGGCGACAGCGUCUAGGCGACGGCGCGGACGGACAAGCGGAGCGAGACCUGAUUGAUGCGCAGAUGCGGAGCGGGAUCGGAUUGCCUCUGAGUCGGAUGUACGCAGAGUAUUUCGACGGUGGACUCGACAUCUAUACGCUGCAGGGUUGGGGCAGCGACGCUUUCCUUCGCAUCCCCAAGUUUGGCACGGCGACCUAG